GCAGAAGAAUCCCAUGCAGUCCAGGCGUAGCUGGAGCAGAGAUGGAGAAUGGGGUUGGAGUUUUGGGAAGAGGGGGAUUAUCGUUGUGCAGCCUCGAACCGCGGGUUCUGAGCAGGGUAGAAUGUUAACGCAAUUCUCGCUACAGUAGGACCCUGCUUGAGUUGGAGGUUUGUUUGUUUUGUUUUUUUUUGUUCCAGGGUGUUUAUUUACAAAAGCGGGUUUAAGGAUGCACCGCGCCUUCUCGUUUGCCAUGGCGGCGGAACGGAGCCGGUAUAAGGAGAGACUGGAGGCGACUCUGGCGGGUUUGUGUGAGCUGGAGAUGCUGAAGCAGCGGCAGGAGAGUCUCGUCCUCAGCGCGCUCAGUCUCGGAGACUCCGGCCAGGGCUGUGCACGCGCAGCGUGGCCACUAAUCCGGCACUGCUUCCCUAGUUCUGCAAACCUGGAGCAGGAACAAUCCGGAUCAUCAGAGCAGCAGGGUUUGAUGGCAGUUCUUCAGCAGCAGGUAGGAGAACUGAGAGUGGAUACAGAGACCAGCUCAUUGGAGCAUCUCACAGACACAGGACCAAGUUCAGGUUUCUGUGAGCAGAGAGAGAGUCAGUCUCCUCUGGACUCGGGUGACCUCUCUUCCAGGACCUCAUUCCCAAUUCAAUCACCUAGUUCCAGUGAAAGACUUAAAUCUACAGGAGAUAUGUUUGUGACCGGUCGUGAUGGACUACCGGACUGUGGGGGCUCUGCAGGUCGAUCUCCGGUUCCACGCUCGCUCUCAGGCCCCCAGCCACCUCUGAUGGGCCUAUCAAAGAGAGGUGGAGAGGGAGAGCGCUGGCUUUGGCCCGAAAGUAAUGGAGCGGGAGAUGAAGAUGAGCCCACUGCAGAGGACUACCAUCAGGCUCAGCAUGUGGAGACCUACAUACUGGGUCUGAUCCAGCGACGUCUUCUGGUUGCAAGGCAGUGCAAACCUCGCACCAACAUGAGUCCUGAGGCCAAAGGAGUAAUGAGGCAAAGUAGUCUUUGCCGCAAGGAACCUGUCUUCAUUCCUGAUCACUGCAAGGUCUCUUCAAGCCCAGAGAGACCAACAUGGGGCACAUAUAGCCUUGAAGAGGAGCGGCUUAGGGGCUUUUCCCCUGGAGAGCACCUCCCUGCUCACUAUCCAAGGCUUGAGGAGCAGAUCCCUGCUCAUUUCUCAAGACCUGAGGAGCAGCACUCUUCCCAUUAUCCCAGACCUGAGGAGAAGCUGUCUGCAAAUUAUCCUAGGCCUGCACCGCCAGGAAUUCACUCCACAUCUAUGGAUUUCCCCUCUGGAGAUUUGGACCCCAGCAGUAGUGAAGCAGACUCACCCCAGCAUUACCAGCUCCCACACUCACCAUCUUCAGAGGAACAGUUAGUCAAUGCACAAUACAUCCCUGCACAGCCAUGCCAGGCACCAAUGAGAGCCAAAACAUCUCGUGCCCAUGCAGCCCCAAAAGCCGGCCGUGGUGGUGGCACUUACUCACCUGAAAGACCACAGCCGAAGCCACGGGCCAUGCCCAAGAAGUGCCGUUUUAGUGAAGAAAGGACAGCUGUUAAGAAACCUGGACGAAAAGCGUGUCGCUCACAGUCAGAGAACAGCCUUUUGGGCCAAAAGGGUGUCCCUGAGCGAAAGUACAGUACAGUGGAGCGAGACACAGGCCGCAAUAACCAGUCCAAAUCCCGACGCCAGCAGGGCAGCCUUGGGCACCGCCGCUGGCGUUCUACAUUAGAGCUCAGCCAGGACGAAGCCGAACCCACACCGGAGCGAGAGGUCAGGCGCACCCGUAGGUCUAGACCUGCUGCACCGACCUAUGUCUACAGCCAGACUCCUCAGCACCUUCAUUCACAUCAUCCACACCACUUUCCUCAUCCUCACCUUCACUCAGACUACCCACUGCAAACUUCAGUGUGCCAUCCAGAGGGGGGCUACAAGCACUCAGGCCCUGUAGAGUGGGAGUCCAGUCUGAGUGAAGGGGAGUCCCCUGGCUCCAGUUCAAUGUCUAGUGACUCUGACGAGAGUGGAGGACUGGUGUGGCCUCAGCAACUUGCCCCACCACUGGCUCCUCCUUCACCCCCCACUCCUUCUGGGGCACCCUUGCAGUCCAAAGCCUUGGUAAAGAUUAAAGCCUCACAUGCUCUCAAGAAGAAGAUCCUUCGUUUCAGAACUGGUUCCCUUAAAGUCAUGACCACCGUUUGAGCUGGUUUAAGCAUCUGUGAAGGUCUUCGCUGUUUUGGGACAGUGCAGAAAGGUCUGAACUCAAGCUACCUGCCUCAGAUUAUGAUGAAUCUGAGACUAAAACCACCUUGUACAUAUUUGUGUAUGUGAUAAAGGUGCUUGUAUUUAUGAUUGUACUCUGUAAAUAAAAAUCUGGGACCGUGCCUUUGUGGUUU